GAAACGUUUCCCCUGGUGUAAAAGAUGAAGAUGAGGAGUGAAGAAAGGAAACAGCUCCUGAUGAAAAGUGACAUCUCAGUCCAGGUGAAGAGGGGCGGAGUCACAGAGACUAUCCGAGGAGCUCUGAGCAGACCGGCGGGACGCUCUCGACUCAGCGGCAGGAGGAAGCUCAGAGCUCACCUGGUGGAGGUGGGGCAGAGGAUGGUGGCGUUUGUAUCCGGGCUGCUGAUCGCGUCUCUGUACGGACUCAUGGCUCUCCUCCUGCAGAAACAGCCGCUGUGGUUCUGCGCCCACACCACGCUGGGCUUGGCCGGUCUGGCGGCGUUCGGUAUGGGGCUGUCAGUCAGCGUCAGGGCCAGCGUCAUGGUGAUGCUGCCCUCCAUGUGCUCAGGUCACGGCAGGAACUUCCUCCUCCUCAUGUUCGUGUCGCUGCUCGUGUCCGGUCCGCUCAGCAACACGUUGGAGAACACCGAGCGAGCCGCCUCCAGCCUGCUGUGUGGAGCUGAGCUGGCAGCCAAUCAAACGCAGGAACUCAUGCAGAAAGCAGCCACGCCCCUCUUCUCCGUGUUGGACCACAUCAGGGAGAUCAGCAGAAACGCGUACGCCGUCGCAGGAAGAGUCCAGAGCUUCAUCGACGCUAUGACAGACAGCAUCCGCCAUGUUGCUCGCGCGCUGAGGAAUGUCCUACGCUUCCUGGCCGAUAUCGGGGACAUCUGUAACGAAAAGAUGGGAACUCCGUACAGGAAGUGCCGAUCACUGUUUCAGGAAGCUCGAAGCGACUGCUCUGAGCUGCUGGGCGACUUCAACUUCCUGUGCGACAUCGUGGACGGCUUCCUGCCGCUCUGCAACCUGGCCCGCGCUGGCGAGUUCUUCUGCGUCGUCCCUUCCUACAUCGCUGACCACCUGAGGAAACGUCUCGCGGCUCCUGUCGUUGCAGUGUUUCAGAAGAUGAAGCGUGAGUUUGAGUUCAACAUCUCCGCCUCGCUGGACUUCGACCUGGAUGCCAACAGCAGCCAGUCUCUGCACCAGACGUCUCAGAGCAUCAUGUCGGAGAUUUCAUCAGAACUUCAAGUGUUUCAGAAGCUGAGUGGACCGCUGGCGUACAUCGGCCUCGUCCUGCUCGCCUGCUCCUUCCUCAGGGCAGUGCAGUACAGACGCAGGUACCUCCACAAUAUUAAAUUUGAUAACAUCUACAUCACUGCUCAGUUUAAAGACCUUGACCAAAGGGUGACCUCAGUAGGCGGAGCCUCUGUGCUUCCAAUCACGCGCAGAGAGGCCAAGACCUACAUCACACCACUGUCGUUUCAGCUGACGUUCAGAGAGCGGCGGGCGGUGAUGGCGGGCUUGGUUUCGGUCUUCAGGCACCUGAUCGUAGGCGGCCUGCUGGUGGCGCUGGACUUCCUGGUGUUCUGGAUUCUGGAUCAGGUGCACCACCAGGUGACGGAGGACAUCGUGGCCAGAGUUCCGGUCACGGUGGCGGUGCGGGUGAACGGGUCGGGUUACGCCUCAGACAUCUACAGAGACGUGGUGGCCUCGUUCAACAUCCUGCAGCGGGGAAACAUCACCGUGAUCAGCAGGAAGUGCCUGCUGGAGCCGUCAGAACCGAACCGCAACACGUGUUUCAUCCUCGGUAAACAAUGGAAAAGGAAAAGUUGGACCUUGGACCACAGUGUGCAACGUGACCCCCGCCCAAAUCACUCGCUGGCCUUUCACCUGCCUCCAGGGCAUCAUCACCUCGAACAGCUGACUCCUUCACCAGGAGGCUGAUUGUAACGAGAUCAUCGGUGUUAUUCACCUCGGGCAUCAGUGGUUUCAUUUUGUUGCUGGAAGCAAAGUCGUAAUAAAAUAAAAGCCAGAUUCCUGAGUUCAUAGAAGCUUCCUGUUCUGGAAACGGGCCAGCAGCAGCAGAGGAAGAGGAUUUAAGAAAAAACUACCCAGGAAUGUGGAAUCCGAGCG